UCAGAAACGUCAUUAAAAUUUGGAAAACAACAAAGCGUGUUUUCAAAGUUUGCCAAACGUGCCGCGUUUAGAUUUCGAUUUCUGUGUUAAUUUUCGCUAAAAAAAAAAGUGUAAAAUCAGAACAAUGCUUCGAAGGCAAGCCCGUCUCCGCCGGGAGUACCUCUACCGGAAAGCCGUAGAGAGUAAACAUAAAACCCUGCAGGAUAAAAAAUCGAAAAUCAAGAAGUCUCUGGAAGAUCACACGCCGAUUCAUGGCGACCUGAAGAAGGAUGCGUUGAUGCUGCAAGACAAGCUCAAAUGGAACGACGAAGGGCCAAAACGUGCGGCGGAAAUCGGAGGAAUCAGUGGAGGUGCCAAUACGGCCGAUUCACAGGACGACGAAUACCGAUAUGCUGGCUGCGAGGAUCCAAAAAUUAUGAUCACCACAUCGCGAGAUCCGUCCGCAAAGCUAAAGCAAUUCGUCAAAGAAUUGAGAUUGCUCUUCCCAAACGCACAACGAAUGAAUCGCGGUAACUUUGAAAUGAAGCAGCUGAUCCACGCUUGCCGGGCGAAUAACGUGACGGACUUCAUAGUGGUUCACGAACAUCGGGGUGUUCCAGAUAACCUUAUAAUCUGCCAUCUUCCUUAUGGACCAACGGCUUCCUUCAAUCUGUCAGGGGUCGUAAUGCGUCACGACAUUCCCGAAAUUGGACCAAUGAGUGAGCAGAAACCACAUUUGAUCUUCCACAACUUUAAGACCAAGCUUGCCGAGAGAACAAUGUCCGUUUUGAAGUAUUUGUUUCCGGUUCCCAAGGAGGAUUCGAAGCGAGUGAUGACAUUUGCCAAUCACGAUGACUACAUUAGCUUCCGCCAUCAUACGUUCAAGACGGUGGACCGGGAAAUGGUACUGACCGAGGUGGGACCCAGAUUUAUGCUGAAGCUGUACCAGAUCAAGUUGGGAACGCUGGAUGAGCUGGACGCGGCGGACACCGAAUGGGUUUAUCGACCUUACAUGAACACGGCCGCCAAACGACGAUUUCUUUCGGAUGACGACGGUUGGCAACAGGAUGAUGAUGUACAAUUAUAGGCGUAUAGCAAUAAAAAGUUCUUUGUAAAAUUAA